GACUCUGCGUGGCGGAUAUCGACGUGUUCGAAAUCAACGAGGCCUUUGCCAGUCAGGCGGUGUACUGCGUGGAGAAGCUGGGGAUCCCGCUGGAGAAGGUGAAUCCUAACGGAGGCGCCAUCGCUCUGGGUCACCCUCUGGGCUGCACCGGUGCUCGACAGGUGGUGACGCUGCUCAACGAGCUCCGCCGCAGAGGCCGCAGGGCGUACGGCGUCGUGUCCAUGUGCAUCGGGACGGGGAUGGGAGCGGCUGCCGUGUUCGAAUACCCCGGACCGUAGGCGACAAAUCAAGACUCUCUUUCAGAAAUGGCGAUUGAUCGGCCUUCUUCAGACCGUCGCCGCAGCUCAGCCGUGAUUGGUCACUUCAGUGAUCUUUAGCUUUUGGAAAAAAAUUGCCUUCAAGUAUUUCUGCCAGAAAGCCUUUUUUUGUUUCUUUUGUUGUUGUGGGUUAAAAUUAAUAAAUUUCUGCGAUUAAGUCAUGAAGACAAAUGUUUAACCCUUUGAAAUCUGAGCAAACUGGAUUAUUAAAAAAAAAGAAAAAGUGGUCAAAGUCAAUGAAAAAUGACAAAAAUUAGCAAAAAAACAAAAAAAAAAAACUUUGCCCGUCUUUCCAUCGGGAUGAGGGCGAGAAAAUCAGACUGAAUUUUCAUUUUGGGGUGAACUGUCCCUUUAACAGAUAAAUAAUCCCCGCCGUGUGAAAAAGGGCGGCAGAGAAAUUCAGUUUUGAAAUUAAUCUCACACUGAACUGAUGCUGAACUUUAGACCAACACAGCUGAUAAAGUGCCUGAUUUGAUCUUGCUGAAUAAACAAUCGAUCAUCUAUCACCGAUCAUUGAUCACUGAUCAUUGAUCCCGAUCAACUGAAAACAGAUGAGAGCUGGAGACAAGUUAUUUUUGUUUCUGCUGUACUCCGUGUUGUCAUGAGGAAAAUUAUUUUUUUAAUCCGCAUUAAUCCCAAAUAGCGAGUUUGAUUUUUCGGUGUUUGAGGACGUUUUAACCACAGUACGUUCUGUCAAAUGAAAGGGCCGAUAAAUUACAGUCACCUGGUUCAUAAAUGCUUUUAAUCUGAUAAAUUUUAAUAUCAAUAUUAACAGCAAAGUGCGUUUGUGUCUCGGGAGAGAUUAUCAGCAUCGUUACUGCAAAACCGUCACGUUUUAUUCGCUGAAUGUUUUAGAGCAAAAAUUAAGUUUCUCUCAGCACGCUGUCCGUCAGAAACAAGCAGACGGGAACGUAACAAAUUUCGGUUAAAUCUAAAUAUUGAAUGAGUCGUUUUAAAUGAUUUACGGAUUUACAGACGUUUCUUUCUCGAUGUCGGCGGGCUCGAUUAAAGGACUGACUUCAUAUUUCUAAGUUUUUUGGAAGAGCACGAUUUCUGAAAUUGACAUGACGUCUCGCUCUGUUGAAUCAGAGGACGAUGCUGAGCAUGCAUUAACCCUUUAAAACCCGAACAAACCAGCUCCGUUUCUUUCAAAAGCACGAGAAGGCAAUGAGCAACGAAAG